GAAACAUAAAUGUACUCCCAUUAAUGUGGAAUAGGCGGAACUGAAUUAGUCAAUUCAAGUUGACAUUGUCAAUUUAUCCAGAACUUCUCUCUUUUCCUCGGUGAAACAAGAAUCUGUUUUGCUCAAACCAAAGGCAAGGAGCGCUUACUUUAGCCUUUAUUUCUUUUGUGAUAUGUCUUCCUUAAGGAUUCAUCCAAUGUAAUCCCCACUUCCCUUCUUUUUGAUUUCCCUUCUAUUUAGAUAUGAUAUAGACCUAAUUCUUAUACAAAGAAAACUCUUUCGCUUCACUUUGUCUCACUUUCUCUAGAAUCUCUAGAAAAAAGAAUUGCUCUACCCUUUAUUUAAUGAUAGUCAGAGACUAUUAAAUAAAAAAGAAAAUACUUACUACUAAUUGGAUUAGAACCUAAUUAAAAUAGGAUGAUUAAUAUAUAUUAAAAUAGGAUGAUUAAUAUAUACAUCCUAAUGAGGAGUAAUACUAAAAAAAAGAACUCUAUUUCAGAAUUAUGAAACAGAAUAUCCUGUUUUAUUAUUUACUCUUUCUUUUUUUUUUUCUUUCGAUUUUUUCUAUUUUAUUUAAAGUGGAUCGAUUUAGAUAAUGUAUAUGAUAGUAAUAUACUUCAAAUAAAAUAGGAAUUCGCAAAAUGGAGAAAAUCGUUGCAGUCAUUAUAGGAAAGUAUGGGAAGACUUAGAGCAUAUCCUAUUUAAAGGAGGAUGAAAUUCAAAUCAGGUAAGGGAUCCUUCCUUCUAUUGAUUUGAUCAAAAUUCUUUUUUCUUUUCCUGUCUCUCUGAUUUGCGUUUCGAUGAAUGAGCCUAUGGUAAUGCUUUUAUCUCUAUUCUAUGGCGCAAUCGACCGUCGAGUCUAUAAACAAGUACUAAAUAAGGAAAAGAAAACUAUACUAAAGGAAACAUAAGAUAUCCAUCCUAAAAUGGAAAAAAGACGUAUAUAUUAGGGCUAUACGGAUUCGAACCGUAGACCUUCUCGGUAAAACAGAUCAAACAGAUUAUUAUCGAAAUGAUUCGAACUGUUUCAAAGACCCAACAUGCAUUUUUCUGCAUUGGGCUCUUUCAUCAACUAAUGUAAAGAUCAGUUAAUUCGCCAUAGUUUUUCUUUAGGGAAAGAUAAUAAGAUGGCUCCCUGUGCUCUGAUUGAUUAUUUGUCUUAUGAUCUAUCUAGGAACAAUACCAAAGUGUUUCAAAGGAGGAUUACCUUGACUUAGGUCUGCCUCCGGCCUAAAUUAAAUCAACCUAAGUGAAAUGGAGUCUCUAUCGUUCCGCUGCAAGAGUUUACUAUGAGACUUCAUACACCUUAAAGUUCAUAGAACGAAAAGAAGUUUUUUGGAGGCCCUUAUCCUCAUUACGCCUAGCAUUGAGUGGGCUGGAUAUUUACCUUAUCAACUAGCAAAUCAAUAGGAGUUCUAUUUGAGUAAGCACCUUAAUUGGCACCUGAAUCGGACUGAACCAGCUGUUUGUCAUUGUCAGGCUACUGUUCUUCUAUUCUUUCGAAUCCAUGAAGUAAGACAUUGAUUUUGCAACAAGGUCAAUUAUGUUCAUUGCAUAAAAAGUUCCCUUGAAAAGCAUUGGCGCACGUGUAAACGAGUUGCUCUACCGAACUGAGCUAUAGCCCUUGUCAGAGAUAUCUUAACAUAUAGAUAAUUUCUUGUCAAGAUGAAUAUUCUCUAAUGCCAGAGGAUAUCCCUUUGAUCCGUUUACUAUAUAACAUAAACAUACCAAUAACGGAGCGGUAUUGCUUAUAAAAAGGAUUCAAUCUAUAAUCGAUCGAAGUAAUGGGGCUUCUUUUGUGGUGAUAAAUUGCCUACUUAACUCAGUGGUUAGAGUAUUGCUUUCAUACGGCGGGAGUCAUUGGUUCAAAUCCAAUAGUAGGUAGGUAGGUAGAAAAAUUACUAGAUAGCAUUGGACUUACUUCGCUUCGCUAUCUAAUAACUUUUUCUACCCUUCUUUCCUUUUUCUUUGUAUCAACGAAAUCUUUGGAUUGUCUUCAAUUGGAUGGGGGAAUCCAAUUGACAGCCUCGACUCGUAUCCUAGCUCGUCUGAGAGCUAGCUUCGCUUCAACCAAUUCUUUCGUACCUUCAGCUUUACUCAAGUUAGCUUCGGCUAUUUCAAGUGCCUGUUGAGCUUCUUCUGGAUCAAUGUCACUACCCAGUUCUGCAUCAUUUCCUAAAAUGAUGAUCUCAUUAUUAACUAUUCUUGCAAAACCACUCCACAGAACCGCCGUUAACCAUUGGUCGUUCAGGAGGCGUAUUCUCAAAGGACCCAUAUCUACAGCUGUGUUAAUGGGGGCGUGGUUUGGUAAUACACCAAUUUGGCCACUAUUAGUAGAUAAAAUGAUUUCUUUCACUUCACAAUCCCAAAUAAUUCGUUUAGGAGUCAGUACAUAAAGAUUUAAUUUCAUUUCUUCAAUUUGCUCUCCUCUUCUAAGUUUAUAGCUUUCGUGCUAGCUUCAUCGAUGUUCCCCACUAAAUAAAAAGCCUGUUCGGGUAGGCCGUCUAAUUCUCCGGAAAGGAUUAGUUGAAAUCCCCUAAUUGUUUCUGCAAGACCAACAUACUUUCCUGGAGAACCGGUAAAAACUUCUGCCACAAAGAACGGUUGUGAUAAGAACCGCUCGAUUUUUCGUGCUCUUGCUACAGUUAAACGAUCCUCCUCCGAUAAUUCAUCCAAUCCAAGAAUUGCGAUAAUGUCCUGAAGUUCUUUGUAACGUUGUAAAGUUUCCUUAACUCUUUGCGCAGUUUCAUAAUGUUCGUUGCCAACAAUCCGAGGCUGUAACAUAGUUGAGGUUGAAUCUAAAGGAUCCACUGCGGGAUAAAUACCCUUGGAAGCUAAUCCUCUGGAAAGUACGGUAGUAGCGUCCAAAUGUGCAAAUGUUGUGGCAGGAGCAGGGUCGGUCAAAUCGUCUGCAGGUACAUAAACUGCUUGGAUCGAAGUUAUAGAUCCCUUUUUGGUAGAAGUAAUUCUUUCUUGCAAAGAACCCAUUUCUGUACUAAGGGUAGGUUGAUAACCCACUGCGGAGGGCAUUCUGCCUAAUAAGGCGGAUACUUCCGAUCCUGCUUGAACAAAACGAAAGAUAUUAUCGAUGAAUAAAAGCACGUCUUGCUUAUUAACAUCUCGGAAAUAUUCUGCCAUAGUUAGGGCAGUUAAACCAACUCUCAUACGAGCUCCCGGCGGUUCAUUCAUUUGGCCAUAGACUAGAGCUACCUUUGAUUCCUCAAUAUUUUUUUCAUUAAUUACUCCGGAUUCCUUCAUUUCCAUAUAAAGAUCAUUUCCUUCACGAGUCCGUUCCCCUACUCCGCCAAAUACGGAUACGCCUCCAUGAGCUUUAGCAAUGUUAUUGAUUAAUUCCAUGAUGAGUACUGUUUUACCUACUCCUGCCCCCCCAAACAGUCCGAUUUUUCCUCCACGUCGAUAGGGAGCUAAAAGAUCGACCACCUUAAUACCUGUUUCAAAGAUAGAUAAUUUCGUAUCUAACUCGAUAAAGGCAGGCGCAGAUCUAUGAAUAGGAAAUGUUGCACUAGUAUCCACAGGACCCAAAUUGUCAAUAGGCUCCCCAAGAACGUUAAAAAUUCGUCCGAGAGUAGCUCCACCGACUGGAACACUGAGAGGAGUUCCCGUGUCAAUCACUUCCAUUCCUCUCAUCAACCCCUCUGUAGCACUCAUAGCCACAGCUCUAACUCGAUUAUUUCCUAAUAAUUGUUGUACCUCACAAGUCACAUUAAUUUGCUUAUCGGCAGUGUCUCGACUCUUGACUAUCAAAGCAUUAUAAAUAUAAGGCAACUUGCCCGGGGGAAAAGUGAUAUCCAGCACGGGUCCAAUAAUUUGAUCAAUACGCCCUACGCUUUUUUCUUCAAUUGUGGAAAUCCCGGGACGCGAAGUAGUAGGAUUGGUUCUCAUAAUUAUCACAUAAUUUUCAAAAAAAAAAGGAAUUUGUCGAAAUUUUUUUUCUUGUUGAAUAAUGCCAAAUCAAAAAAAAUAUCCAAAAAUCCAAAAGUCAAAAGGAAAUGAAUUAGUUAAUUCAAUAAAAAAGAAAAGGGGACUCGCACUUGAUUUCGUUGCCCAAGCGAAUCCCAUUCAAUCGUUUACUUAUGGAAUGAAUCCGUUGGAAAGUUCAAUCCAUUUUUUUCAUAUAAAUUUCGCCUUUUGUGAAGGAUCUGUGCCUACUCUACUUUCCUAUCUAGGACUUCGAUAUACAAAAUAUAUACUACUGUGAAGCAUAGAUUGCUGUCAACAGAGAAUUUUCUUAGUAUUUAGGUAUUUAGAUUCAAAAUAUCAAAGGGGAAGAACUUUAAAAAUUGUAAAAUAAAGAUUAGGGUUUGGGUUGCGCUAUAUCUAUCAAAGAGUAUACAAUAAUGAUGGAUUUGGUGAAUCAAAUCCACGGUUUAAUAACGAACCGUGUUAACUUACCAUAACAACAACUCAAUUCCUAUCGAAUUCCUUCCUAUCGAAUUCCUAUAGUAAAAUUCCUAUAGGAUAGAACGUACACAGGGUGUACACAUUAUAUAUGAAUGAAACAUAUUCAUUAACUUAAGCAUACUCCUUUUUUUAUUUAAUGAGUUGAUAUUAAUUAAAUAUCUUUUUUUUUAGAUUUUUGCAAAGGUUUCAUUUACGCCUAAUCCAUAUCGAGUAGACCCUGUCGUUGUGAGAAUUCUUAAUUCAUGAGUUGUAGGGAGGGACUUAUGUCACCACAAACAGAAACUAAAGCAAGUGUUGGAUUUAAAGCUGGUGUUAAGGAUUAUAAAUUGACUUACUACACCCCGGAGUACGAAACCAAGGAUACUGAUAUCUUGGCAGCAUUCCGAGUAACUCCUCAGCUCGGGGUUCCGCCUGAAGAAGCAGGAGCUGCAGUAGCUGCGGAAUCUUCUACUGGUACAUGGACAACUGUUUGGACUGAUGGACUUACCAGUCUUGAUCGUUACAAAGGACGAUGCUAUCACAUCGAGCCCGUUCCUGGGGACCCAGAUCAAUAUAUCUGUUAUGUAGCUUAUCCAUUAGACCUAUUUGAAGAGGGUUCUGUUACUAACAUGUUUACUUCCAUUGUGGGUAACGUAUUUGGUUUCAAAGCCUUACGCGCUCUACGUUUGGAGGAUCUACGAAUUCCCCCUGCUUAUUCAAAAACUUUCCAAGGUCCGCCUCACGGUAUCCAAGUUGAAAGGGAUAAGUUGAACAAGUACGGUCGUCCUUUAUUGGGAUGUACUAUUAAACCAAAAUUGGGAUUAUCCGCAAAAAAUUACGGUAGAGCGUGUUAUGAGUGUCUACGCGGUGGACUUGAUUUUACCAAAGAUGAUGAAAACGUAAACUCACAACCAUUUAUGCGCUGGAGAGACCGUUUUGUCUUUUGUGCCGAAGCAAUUUAUAAAGCACAAGCCGAAACUGGUGAAAUCAAGGGGCAUUACUUGAAUGCGACUGCAGGUACAUGCGAAGAAAUGAUUAAGAGAGCUGUAUUUGCAAGGGAAUUAGGGGUUCCUAUUGUAAUGCAUGACUACUUAACAGGAGGAUUCACCGCAAAUACUACUUUGUCUCAUUAUUGCCGCGACAACGGCCUACUUCUUCACAUUCACCGAGCAAUGCAUGCAGUUAUUGAUAGACAGAAAAAUCAUGGUAUGCAUUUCCGUGUAUUAGCUAAAGCAUUGCGUAUGUCGGGGGGAGAUCAUAUCCACUCCGGUACAGUAGUAGGUAAGUUAGAAGGGGAACGCGAAAUAACUUUAGGUUUUGUUGAUUUAUUGCGCGAUGAUUUUAUUGAAAAAGAUCGUUCUCGCGGUAUCUUUUUCACUCAGGACUGGGUAUCCAUGCCAGGUGUUAUACCGGUGGCUUCUGGGGGUAUUCAUGUUUGGCAUAUGCCAGCUCUGACCGAAAUCUUUGGAGAUGAUUCCGUAUUACAAUUUGGUGGAGGAACUUUAGGACAUCCUUGGGGAAAUGCACCUGGUGCAGCAGCUAAUCGUGUGGCUUUAGAAGCCUGUGUACAAGCUCGUAACGAAGGGCGCGAUCUUGCUCGUGAAGGUAAUGAAAUUAUCAAAGCAGCUUGCAAAUGGAGUGCUGAACUAGCCGCAGCUUGUGAAAUAUGGAAGGAGAUCAAAUUUGAUGGUUUCAAAGCGAUGGAUACCAUAUAAAAUAAAAAAAAAAGCAAAAUAGAAAGAGAAAAAAUAAGUUAAGAAAUGCAGUAAUUCUUCUUUAUUCCUCUAAUUGAUUGCAAUUCAAUUCGGCUCAAUCUUUUCUAAAAAAAAAAAAAGACUGAGCCGAAUUGAAAUAGAUCUUGAUACGAUCAUGAGACUUGACAAAUCGAGAUUCUUCUAUUCUAUAUAUCUAGAAUAUAGAAAGGUAUAAUACAAUAAACAAAUAUAAAUCAAAAUAUAGUAUUAUCGUACGAUAAUGGAAUCAAAUACGCAGUAUUUACAGAAAAGAGUCUUCGUUUAUUGGGAAAGAAUCAAUAUACUUUUAAUGUCGAAUCGGGAUUCACUAAGACAGAAAUAAAGCAUUGGGUCGAACUCUUCUUUGGUGUUAAGGUAGUAGCUGUGAAUAGCCAUCGACUACCCGGAAAGGGUAGAAGAAUGGGACCUAUUCUGGGACAUACAAUGCAUUACAGACGUAUGAUCAUUACCCUUCAACUGGGUAUUCUAUUCCACUUCUACUUUUUAAAUUAAAGGGUAUUCUGAAAGAGGUAUUUCUUUUAUUUUCACAAUAGCUUUCUUUUGAAUCCAAUUUCAAGUUCGAUUAGAAGGAUAGAAAGGCGAUGAGAAUGGGAAAAGAAAAAUAAAAUAUUUUAUUUUAAUGAGUUCCCCUUUUGAGUUCCCCUUUUUUGCAAUUUUCUUAUUAUCAAUUCCAUUCAUUUAUUUUAUAGAAUACUUUUUUAUUCUAUAUCUAUAAAAAAUCUUUAUUUUGUAAACUAAAAAAUACAAUAGUCAAUAUUCCUUAUAAUAGAUAUACUUAAUUAUAUCAUAAGAAUCUUAAGAUAUAUUUCGAAUAGAUAGAAAUAGUAAAUUUGAAUUGAGACACAUAUUCUAUGACAGAUUUUAACUUACCCUCUAUUUUCGUACCUUUAGUAGGCUUAGUAUUUCCGGCAAUUGCAAUGACUUCCUUAUUUCUUUAUGUGCAGAAAAAUAAGAUUGUCUAGAAACGACGGGGCCAAAUUUUCUCAAUGUAUUUCCAGGAUCAUAAUACAGAUAUUUUUUUGUGUAAGUACUAUAAUAUGAUAGGGUAUGUAGCUCUUUCUACACACAAAUGAAAAACGUCUAUGGAUGCAGAUAUAAGCUACGAGCAUAAAUGCAUGCAUAUGCGUAGCCGACUAUAGCGAGUUUUUUUUUUUAAGUGGAUCCACUAAUUUUUUUUGAAUAGAAAGUCAAUGUAUCUAACCAAUUAUUUCACAGGAGUACUAGCUACUGAAGGCUAUUUCAGAAUCAAAAAAAGUAAAGUAAAAAUCAUUUAGCUUAUUCUCUCAAUUUCAAUUGACCGCUACUGGAUUUAGUAUAUCUAAUAUGAAUUGGCGAUCAGAACACAUAUGGAUAGAACUUCUAAAAGGUUCUCGAAAAAGAGGUAAUUUUUUCUGGGCCUGUAUUCUUUUUCUAGGUUCAUUAGGAUUCUUAGCGGUUGGGGCUUCCAGUUAUCUUGGUAAGAAUAUGAUAUCUGUACUUCCAUCUCAACAAAUUCUUUUUUUUCCACAGGGGGUCGUGAUGUCUUUCUACGGAAUCGCGGGCCUAUUCAUUAGCUCCUAUUUGUGGUGCACUAUUUUAUGGAAUGUAGGCAGUGGUUAUGACCGAUUCGAUAGAAAAGAGGGAAUAGUGUGCAUUUUUCGUUGGGGAUUCCCUGGAAUAAAACGUCGCAUCUUCCUUCAAUUCCUUGUGCGGGAUAUCCAAUCAAUUAGAAUUCAGGUUAAAGAGGGUCUUUAUCCUCGUCGUAUCCUUUAUAUGGAAAUCCGGGGCCAGGGGGUCAUUCCCUUGACUCGUACUGAUGAGAAGUUUUUUACUCCACGAGAAAUUGAACAAAAAGCUGCCGAAUUGGCCUAUUUCUUGCGUGUACCAAUUGAAGUAUUUUGAGUACCAAUUGCAAUUUUUUGCAAUUGUAAGGGGAUUUUCGAGUAUUUAUCUAAAGUAAAGGAAGGAACAAACGAGGAUAAGAGAAAAUUGCUUCGAAUUUGUUUUGUCCAAGUGAGAUAUAUGGCAUACUAUUCUUCCAUUUUUAUACGAAAGGCCUUUUUUUAUUUCUCUAUUCCACUCCAUUUAGAUCUAAGAAAGAACCCAAUACAAUGAAAUUCCACUAGUAUACAAAAAGAGAAAUAGAUACAAACACAAGGUCUCAAACCUUGUUAUAGAAUUUUUGCUUCAAAGAAAAGAAAUAUCAUAUAUAUUCAGCUUACAGAUCAAAAAUGAAAAAAAAGAAAGCAUUGCCUUCUUUCUUAUAUCUUGUAUUUAUCGUACUUUUGCCCUGGGGAGUCUCUUUCUCUUUUAACAAAUGUCUGGAACUUUGGAUUAAGAAUUGGUGGAAUACCAGGCAAUCCGAAACUUUCUUAACUGAUAUUCAAGAGAAAAGGAUUCUAGAAGGAUUCAUAGAAUUAGAGGAACUUUUUCUCUUGGACGAAAUGAUAAAAGAGAAACCGAAGACACAUGUACAAAAACUUCCUAUAGGAAUACACAAGGAAAUAAUACAAUUGGCCAAAAUAGAUAAUGAGGAUCAUCUCCAUAUCAUUUUGCAUUUCUCAACAAAUAUAAUCUGUUUGGCUAUUCUAAGUGGUUCUUUUUUUCUGGGUAAAGAAGAACUUGUCAUUUUGAAUUCUUGGGUUCAGGAAUUUUUCUAUAACUUAAAUGAUUCAAUAAAAGCUUUUUUUAUUCUUUUAGUUACUGAUUUUUUUGUUGGAUUUCACUCUACCCGCGGUUGGGAACUACUAAUUCGUUGGGUCUACAACAAUCUUGGAUGGGCUCCUAACGAGCUAAUUUUCACUAUUUUUGUUUGUAGUUUUCCUGUGAUUCUAGACACGUGUUUGAAAUUUUGGGUCUUUUUUUGUUUAAACCGUCUAUCUCCUUCACUUGUAGUCAUUUAUCAUUCAAUUAGUGAAGCAUAAACUCACUCAUUUCAUUUCCUAAUAUUAAUCAAAUUAGCAUAUUUCUUUUCUUCCUUUAGAAAUAGAAAGAAAGCCCUUUUCCUUUUUAACAAAAUUCUUUCUAUUUCUACCUGCUCAAGGUAUUCAUCAUUCUAGUACAACUAUUGCAGUAGAAUGACAACAGACUCGUGUAUAGGGAACUAGAUUAGCUUAGCUACCUAUCUAAUUUAUUGUAGAAAUUCCGGGAUCCGCGAUUGGACAUGGAAAAUAGAAAAACUUUUUCUUGGUUAAAGGAACAGAUGAUUCGAUCGAUUUCUGUAUCGAUCAUGAUAUACGUAAUAACUCGCACAUCUAUUUCAAACGCAUAUCCCAUUUUUGCGCAGCAGGGUUAUGAAAACCCGCGGGAAGCAACUGGACGAAUUGUAUGUGCCAAUUGCCAUUUAGCUAAUAAGCCUGUGGAUAUUGAAGUUCCCCAAGCAGUGCUUCCUGAUACUGUAUUUGAAGCAGUUCUUCGAAUUCCUUAUGAUAUGCAGCUGAAACAAGUUCUUGCUAAUGGUAAAAAGGGAGGGUUGAAUGUGGGUGCUGUUCUUAUUUUGCCCGAGGGAUUCGAAUUAGCGCCGCCCGACCGUAUUUCUCCUGAGUUGAAAGAAAAGAUAGGAAAUCUCUCUUUUCAGAGUUAUCGUCCCAAUAAAAAAAAUAUUCUUGUGAUAGGCCCUGUUCCCGGUAAGAAAUAUAGUGAAAUUGUCUUUCCCAUUCUUUCCCCCGAUCCCGCUACAAAAAAAGACGUUCAUUUCUUAAAAUAUCCCAUAUAUGUAGGGGGAAACCGAGGAAGGGGACAGAUCUAUCCUGACGGUAGCAAGAGUAACAAUACGGUCUAUAAUGCUACGUCAACAGGUAUAGUAAAAAAAAUACUACGUAAAGAAAAGGGGGGAUAUGAAAUAUCCAUAGUGGAUGCAUCGGAUGGACGCCAAGUGAUUGAUAUUAUACCUCCCGGGCCAGAACUUCUUGUUUCAGAGGGGGAAUCAAUCAAGCUUGAUCAACCAUUAACAAGCAAUCCUAAUGUAGGAGGGUUUGGUCAGGGGGAUGCAGAAAUAGUGCUUCAGGAUCCAUUGCGCGUCCAAGGCCUUUUGUUUUUCUUCGCAUCUGUUAUUUUGGCACAAGUUUUUUUGGUUCUCAAAAAGAAACAGUUUGAAAAGGUUCAAUUGUACGAAAUGAAUUUCUAGAUCCUGGGAUUUCUUACCAUCAAGUGAGAAAAAAGCCUCGAUUUCUGGAAUUCCUUAUUUCUAUCUCAUGCAAAAGAAGAGGAUCCAAGGCAAAGACGAGAACAAUAAAAGGAACAAGUCCUUUUAGGAGGAAUUGUGGGUCUUCUUAAUCCUCUAUUGGGCACAAGAAAAAGGCUUUUUUGCCUUUUUCUUGUGUCGAUUCUUCUUGUAUCGAAGUUCGGGCGCGGUAGUGGACAAACAGAGGGAAAGAAGGUAUGGCGGGGGACACAUUUCUUGUGAGCAAAUAGAAUUGCUUUACUUUUUGAAUUAAGUUCAACUUUGAACUUACAGAAAUUUUGUAAAAAAAAAUCUAUACCCUCCCAUGGAAGGGUGGUUUUGAUUUUUAGGCUAGUUGAGUAGUUUUGAUUAAGGUUUUAUUAGUUUAUUACUCUAAACUAAAUCAACGAUUUGCAGGAUACUUCCUUCAUGGAAUAAAAUACUGGAUCCUCUCCCCUCUUUCUUGUUGCUUCAUAAGAGUGAAUCCAUUUUAUGGGCGAAAGGCGGGGGCUUUAAAUCGACCGAUGGAUUGCUUCACUCACUAACAUCAUUAACAAACAAAAGAAUAAAUGGAGGGAUUCCAACCAUCAGAGCAAAGGUUUUCUCUUUGUUAUUUUUACAAAUAGAAAUAGGUAACCAAUUUCUAGAUUAUGGAACAAAACCGCGUUAUAACAAUAAGAAUUCCGCGGGCCCUUUCCGCUCUAAUCAGAUAAAGGGGAGUAAGGACCCGCUAAGUUCCUACUUUUUCAUGUUUACAAUCUGGAUCCUCCGAUUACUAUAGAGAUGAACCCAAUCCAGAAUACGAACCGUAAAAGAAAACACCUAUUAAACCAAUCACAAGAAUACCAGUUACAGUACCUAUCAGCCAAAGAGGAAUUCUUCCAGUAGUAUCGGCCAUUUCCCCUACUUUCCUCCACAUUUUCUCAAGUGGUCAUGCUAGAGACAAAAACAGUCAUGGAUAGUUAUAAAGAUGGUAUCCUUCCAAAUGGGAUAAGAGAAUUCUUACUACUCUCUUUCUUUCUCUCAAUUGAAGAAGUAAUUGGAAAAUAAAACAGCAAGUACAAAAAUGAGUAAUAAACCCCAGUAUAGACUGGUACGAUUCAAUUCAACAUUUUGUUCAUUCGGGUUUGAUUGUGUCAUAGUUCUAUAGUUGGAAUUUGGUUUAUCGUUGGAUGAACUGCAUUGCUGAUAUUGAUCCCAAGAAAAAAACCGUGGGUACAGCUAAUCCGUGAACAGCCAGCCAUCGCACUGUAAAAAUAGGAUAGGUUCGAUCUAUGGUCAUUGGGGGCCUCCUAAAAGGAUCUACUAAAUUCAUCUAGUUGUUCUAAAGAAUCAAAACGGUCGGUUAUUAAUGGAAUUCCUUGUCGGCUUUCCGUGAAAUACUCGUUUGGUCGAGGACUUCCAAACACGUCAUAAGCUAAACCCGUACUGACAAAUAACCAACCCGCAAUGAAUAGGGAAGGUAUAGUAAUGCUAUGAAUAACCCAGUAUCGAAUACUGGUAAUAAUAUCAGCAAAAGAACGUUCUCCCGUGCUUCCAGACAUGCUGAGCUCCCAAAAUUUUUAUUCAAAAAAGGAAUUGAUUCCGUAAAAGAUGGGAUCCACCAGUAAAUAGAAAAUUACUGAUAUUUCAUCCUUGUGAGAUUGUCAAUUUUGUACCAAAGGUGUAUUUUGAGUAUACCGAAUUAGUAUAGCUAUCCUUCCUAUGGCACAGCAAUCCAGUUUUGCUUGGUCCCGAAACAGAAUUCCUUUUUUCUCUUUUUUGUUCCUUGUCUAUAGGAAAAUUACAUGUUAUUCAAGGCAUCAAUAGAACCCCACAAUUUUUUGGGUCCUACUUAUUUUCAUUGUCUUCGGAAUAGUAGAAUAAUUUAAUUUGGAAUAGCGGCCAAGAUCUUGGGAAAAUCUAAGUUAAUGAUUAAUAAGAUAAAGAAUUUAGGAAGGAUAUUCUCAUAUUGACGCAAUACAAAGAUAAGUAUAUGCAAAAUCGAUCCCUUUUUAGUUAAAGGAAUUUAAUUGGUUAGCAUAAAAUAAUAUCUAAUAAAUAGAAAAUCGAAUAGCGGAUAAUCCGUUAUGAAAGAAACGGAAUACAUUCUUUGAAGAAUCAAGAUUCGUAAUCAAUCCUUGUCUUGUUUGUUGGAUUAGGUCUAAUUUUCUUGACCAAACAGCAAGCAUGGAACUUUACAAGAAGAACUUAAAAGAAAAGGAUAAUUGAAGUAACUUUGAAUCCACUUUUGUUGGGGUUCAAAAAACGAAUAAAAAUAAAUAAAAAAAAGUAAAUUUUAGGAAUAGUUCCCUUUUUGAGGGGGCCCCUCGGGGGUCGUGGAAUGCUUUUCUUCUCCUCUUAUUCCAUAUGGAAUACAAUGAGUUAAAAUUUGCUCCAAAAAGAGGAUGAAAUCCAUCCUAUUAAAAAAGAAAUAAUCCGAAUCCGAAAUAGAAAGAAUUUUUUUUUUUUUUUUCAAAUUCAAUUCUUUAUUUAUCUUUUAUUCCAAAAUUCUCCCGAAAAUCCAAUUUCAUUUUUCAAUGGGGUUAGAUGAUCUAGUUCUUAAUAUUAUUAGUUUACUUAACUGACAGAUUCCACAACAAAUCUCUUGAUUCGGAAUUAGGGACUCAUGUUCCGUCUGAUGAAUCGAUUUUCUCUUUUUUUUACACUUCUGUAUCUCACUCUAUCUUGUUUUUUAGUAUUAUCUAAAAUAACCGAUGAAUUAUGAAUUUUCCAUAACUUAAACUUAGGUAAGUGCUUUACCAACAUAUGUAGUGUAGUAAAAAAAAUGGAAUUGAACCCCUUCAUGCUUACUAUAACUAGUUAUUUCGGUUUUCUACUGGCUGCUUUAACUAUAACCCCAGCUCUAUUUAUUAGCUUGAACAAGAUACGUCUUAUUUGAAAUGAAUUGAAUAGAAGAAUCUUUCUUUUGGAUUCUUGGUAUUCUAGACUCUUUUCCACACUAAUUACCAAUUCUUUUCUUGGUCAUUGAGAUUCGUGGGUAGUUUAGACUAUUAUUUAGAGAUAGAUCGUACCUCUUUUUUUAUCCCCUCGAACAAAUCGAAAUGAUUGAAGUUUUUCUAUUUGGAAUCGUCUUAGGCCUAAUUCCUAUUACUUUAGCGGGAUUAUUCGUGACUGCGUAUUUGCAAUACAGGCGUGGGGAUCAGUUGGAUCUUUGAUUGAGUAAUAUUUCUUUUUUGAUUGACCUCCUCUCUGGUCUGGAGGAGGUCAAAUUGGAGUUGCAAUUCUACUUUGUUUUUUUUUAAGUUAUUUUAGUUUCGACAUAAGAUAUAUGGAAUCACGCUCUGUAGGAUUUGAACCUACGACAUCGGGUUUUGGAGACCCGCGUUCUACCAAACUGAACUAAGAGCGCUUUCAAAACAAAAAAAAAAA